AUGCCCAUGUCUCUGAUGUCCUCCAGAGCAUCUGGAGGUGGAGGUCUUCUCUUUGGUCUUGGGGGUGGAGGAGGAGGUGGGAUGGCCACAGGAGGUGGCCUGGGGCUUGGGGCUGGAGGUGGUCUAGGGCUGGGGUUAGGUUUAGGAGGAGGUGCUGGUCUGGGCCUUGGGGUUGGGUCAGGUCUUGGUUUUGGUCUAGGAGGAGGUGGUGGAGGGGCAUUACUGUCCAUGGGAAAGUCUGCAGCAGCAGGGGCCACAAGUGCAGGUGCUUCAAUGGCAGUUGGCUCCUCUGCGAGUAUCAGCGGUCCCGUGGUAGCACCCCUCCUCUCCCGGGCUGACGAAAAACACACGCUGUCCAAGCUGAACGAGCGCUUCACCACCUACAUCUCCAGAGUGAAGGAGCUGCAGAAGGAGAAUGCCACCUUGGAGGCACAGCUAGCCCAGCUCACGGGGAGCACAGACGCGUCGGCUGAGACCGGUAGCAGUGUGACUACAGCUGAACAGGAGGCGCUGCAGCUGGAGUACAGCAGUAAGGUGCAGACCCUCACGCUUGACACAGUAAAACUGGAGAUCGAGUUGGAUGGGAUCCGUGGCUCUGCCCAUGAACUGCAGGCCAAGUAUGAAUUUGAGCAAGGAGUGAGAGCUCAGCUGGAAGCUGACAUAGCUGCCAUGAAGAAGGAUAUUGAAAUGGCCGCUGAACUGCGUGCUCAGUUGGAUGCUAAGAAAACAACCCUGAAAGAGGAACUCGAGUUUGUCAGCAAAACCCAGGAUGAGGAGCUUGCCACCCUUCAGUCAAAAAUCGGCAAAUCUUCCUCCAGUGUUUCUGUUUCCAUGAUUGAUGUUGACACAGGCAAAUCCUUUGACAUUGCUGCUGCCCUAAACAAGAUGAGGGCGGAAUAUGAGAAAUCUGUACACCAGCACAGAGAAGAGGCAGACGCUUACUACAAACUCAAAAUGGAGGAGAUGCAGACAACCAAUUCUGUCAGCUCUGAGGCCUUUACCUCCACAAAAACUGAGAUCACCUCUGCAAAGAAGGAACUGCAGUCCCUUGGAAUAGAGCUACAGAAUCUAGUCAAUAUGAAUAUGACACUGGAGAAGAGUUUGUCAGAGGCCCACGCUCAGUCACACUCUGCUGUGAGUGGUUACCAGGCUCAGAUUGCUGGGCUGGAGGCAUCCAUUGAGUCAGCCAAGACAGAAAUGCACCAACAGAUCCUCCGUUACCAGGAGCUGCUGGACAUAAAGCUUGCCCUGGAUGCUGAAAUCACCACCUACAGGACACUACUGGAUGCAGAUGACAUCAGCUUUCCUUUACAGGCCAGCCUCACAUCCUCUCCACUCUUCCUGUCCAAGUCUCCACCCACAUCCAUUAGAAGCUCCUCCCCCGCAAAUCCCACCCAGGCUGAGCUGGCUGUAGAAGUGCAGUCAGACGAAACAGAGAGGUACGACAUCUAG